AUGAAAGUGUAAACAAUUCGAACUAUUGAUUUCAGCAAGGCAAAUAAAUAGAUAAAGAAUCUUUCUCAUAAAUUUCUUUAGAGCAAAAUGCUUAGGAAGAACAAAGAGAAUUGUAGCCCUAAUACAAUUUCUUAAGAGAAUGCAGCAAAAUAGCUUUUAGAAGCCCUUCGAAAACCUAUCCUAAGAUACUUGAGAGAUUUGAUUAUGAUUAAAGAAUCAAUGGUUUAUGAAAGAAAUAUAUUUGAUGAGGUGUGUUCUUUGGAUUUUAGUGAGAAUUCAGAUGUUGGAGAAGGUUUCAAGAUUUCUUUUGCGACCUUAAGUAUCAAAUAAGAGAGCAUUAUUGAUUUUUAGAGUAUUUAACCAACUAAUGCUCCUAUAGUAUUAUUUAGAGUACUUUAAAAUAUAAGAAAGAAGAAGAUGAUGAUUUCUUUUUAGGAAAUUAAAUAUUAUAUACUUUAAAGGAACUUAACAUCAAUUAAUAAGAGAUUAUAAUAUGCAAAGAGAGAGCAAUUAAGAAAAAUAAUAAUAAAUAAGAUGAAAUAGGAGGAAUUAUUAAUGUAAGUUUACUUGAAAUAUUGGUCUUAAUAAACAUAACUUUUGAUAUUUUUUGAUCAUUUUGGUUCUAAGAUUAAGAAGAUUUACAACAAUAAAUUAAGAUAAGACUUUAAUGUUAUGAAAUGUUAAAUUCGAAGGAUAGAGGGGUUUAGUCGAUUAAUAAGGUUAAUAAAUAUUAAAUUAUUUGAAUAUGGAUAAUAUUUGAAUAAGUUCUAUAAGAAUUUGCAUUUGCAAAAAUGUUUAUAGAAGGUAUUCAAAAAGUAAAUUAAAUUUUCAUUUUAACAAAUUCAAUGUAUGAAAUAAAGAUCUCCGAUUAUAUUUGAGUUAUUGUAUUAAUUUCAAAAUAAGCUAUAGAAAUAAAGCAUUAAAUUAUUAUUAUUACACUCAUUGAGAUAGUAGAGGAGAUUGAAGUCUUUUUCAUAUGGAUUAUAGGAUUUAGAAAAGAUAUUAAGGAAAUUAGAUUAUAGAUGGGGAUUUAAUAAAUUAUAAAAUAAAUAAGAAUAUAAAAGAAUGAUGUUACCUACAAAAUAUUUAGUUAUGAUACUUAAAAAAAUAUAAGAUAGAUAAAAGAAUUGGGUUUUGCUCAAAUUAAAUUAAUGA